AUGAUGUAUACUCUUACUCCUGAGCAAGCAUAGAUUUCUAUAAAAAUUGACAAGGCUAGCUAUUAUCCUGGAGAAAUUAUUAAAGGAGUGAUAUAUAUGAAAAUCAAAACAAAGGAUAUUUAAGCUGGUCUUAUGUAUUUAAAAGUAAAAUUUCAAUAAAAACUAAUAUAGCUCUGCGGCUAAGAGAAAGUCAAUUAAUUAGACUCUUUUAACUAAUUCUUUAGCUUUAAAUAGUUUAUAUAUAAAAAAUAGAAAAAAAUAGCAGACUUUGGGAUGUAUAAUUAAGCUGAAUAUUAGAAAAAUGCCAAUAAUAGCUUGCAAAAAAUAUUUUGAAUUAGAAGUUCCAUAAUUAUAUCCAAGUUUUACAAUAAAUUAUUACAAAAUGGUGCAAUGUAGAAUUUUGUAUUUUCUCUCUGUGAGUAUAUAAAGUGAGGAUGAAAAAAACUUAUAUAAAGUACCAAAAAAACAUAGAGUUGUAGUUCAUAUAUUGUAAAAAUUACAAAUUUAAAAUGCUAUUCCAAUAGAAUAUUCAGAAGUUUCAAAAAUUGAUAAAAGGUGUUGCUUUUCAACUGGGGUAAUAAAUAAUUAAAUUUAGAAUACAAAAGUGAAUAUUUAGUUAAAUAAAGCAUAAUAUAUAUUUGGAGAUACUAUAUCAUUAAUUUUAUAAGUGGAUAAUAGUUAAUCAAAUGUUGCUGUGUAAAAAUUUGAAUUGAAAAUUUCAUCUUAAUUAGUAGUUUUAUAUAAACAAUAAAAAAGAAAGUUAUCAAAUUAUUUUGAUAUUUAUUUAUAAGAAAUAAAUGGUAAUGAAUUAUUUUAUGUUAGAAUAAAUUUAAGCUCAUUCAUAAAAAUAAAUUAAAGCUAAGAUAAUUCUACCAUUAGGAAAGACAGAUAAUAAAAUGUCAAUUUUCCCAUAAAGUACAUUAAAAACAAAAAGGAUAAGUUAUUAAUAUAUUCUUACUGUGGAUGUAAUAUUUGCAAGACAAUUAUUUUUUAAAGUAGAUAAUCUUAUUGCAUCAAUACCUUUAAUAUUGAUUUAAUAAUAAAAAAGAGAAAAAAAUAAUAUAAUUUAAUCAAUGGAUAAUUUAAGUAUGCUUGGAUCAUUGGUUGAAACAAAUUAAAAAUUAAAUACUAGUUAAUUGAAAAAGUUUAUUUAUGGAGAUCAUAAUUCUGCUGGUUAUGGUGAAUAAGAUGGUUAUGAUGGACCUGAAAGAAAAUAUAAUCCAAUAGAAAGUUUAGAUGAAUUUGCAUUAAAAGAUACAAAAGGAGCUUUGGAAUAAUUAAUGUUUAAGAAAUAAUAUGAGGAAGAUAGUGAUAUUGAUGAAGAAUUCGAAAAUGAAAUAGAUGGAUUAAGUAUAAAUGAUAUCAGUAUUAAUUAAAUUUAACCAUCUUAAGAAUAAUAAUAAUAAUAAUAAUAAUAAUAAUAGAGGACAAUUUUUAAUUAAAAAUAGAAAAACGAAUUAAAUUAUACUAAUUCAAAUUAAGAAGAAUUUAAAUAAGAAUAAGGAAUAUAAGAACAUUUACAAACAAUAAAAGAAGAAUAAGAAAGUAAAGGAACUUAAUAUAAUCUAAAUAAUGUCUAACCUUCUUAAUCUUAAGUUCAAAAGAAUAAUUAAAAAAUUUAAAAAGAUACAUAUCCAAUUUAAACAUUUGGAUCAGUAAAUUCAGGUUUAGAUAACAUUAAUUAUGAUGAUAUAAAAAAUAGUCCAAAUGAUUAAAUAAAUAAUAAAAAAACAACAAUAUUAAAAAAAAAUGAUUAAAGAGAAUAAAAAUAAUUGAAAGUGUAAUUUAAUGAUAUUACUUCUGUAGAUACUCUUGAUGGUAAAAAUGGAGAUAAAAUCACUACAUAAAAAUAAAAAAGAUGA